UUCCAUAACACCGAUUACGCGAUUAGAGUGACAAGUGAAUUUGCCUACUGACAAGUCAGUGAGAGUCAAACGCGUGACGGCGCGUCGCUUUGCAGUCAAUACUAUAAAUAGGGCGAAAUGCCAUUUCGAUCUUUUGGUUCUUGGUUUUGUCUUACUUCUUCUGCAAGUUUUUUUCCUCUUCUUUCUUCUCAUUUUCUUUCCCCCCAAAAUCAUUUUCUCGUGAAAAUCCAUCGCCAGAGAAAAUGUUUCGUUUGCAUUUUUCUUCUCUUCCUCCACCGCCACCUCAACCUCCCAACGCCAUUAUCGUUGCCGUCACGGUUGCUAUUCUUCUUUUUGCCGUAAAUCUCCGAUGAUAUAGAUAUACAUUUUCACUACAUUCUUGAUUUUAGGGUUUAGAACCUUCUUCUAGAUCUUUAGGGUUUAGUAGCUUCUUCUUGAUCUUGAUUCAUCUACAGUACGUAGUUCUUGCUUUUGUAAAGUGUAUUCCAACUUUCUUUGCUUCAAGAAUAAUAUACCGAUUCUUAGAACGAUUCUUGCAUUUUGUGAGUGAGAAUUUUGCCGAGAAAAUGAGUAAGGAAGAUCGAUAUGCACCACUCUUAGCACCCUCUGCUUCCGAUGUUUACAUCGAAGAUCCUAACAAAAGUUCAAGAAUAUCAUACACUAGAAGCUUUCUUCUCUCUUUGGCUAAAGCUGGUGGUUACAGAACGCUGAAAUUAUCAAAGGAGAUUCAGUUUGCAAUGUCUUGUGUGUACGAAGGUUCACUUGAUCUCCUACCCUCACCUUAUAGUGAACUAGAUUCUGUUUGUCAGAAAGUUUCUGCUUCUAAGGUUCUGGAUAAUGUCAAUCUACUGCAUAAGAGUAGUAAACCAUAUCUGCCUCCGUGUCGCAACAAGGCACUAUCUUCUUCAAGUGGAGACAGCAAUGGCUCACUAAAGAGUGACAUAUCUGGAUCUUCUGACUGUACAAAUCAGGAAGUGCAAGCAGAACUAGAAAAACGUCGAAAUGUUUCUCCUGUAAAAUUUGCAAAUUGUGAUGAGCUUUGGGAGUCUUAUGUGUAUCUUGAACCUCCAAUGAUCCAUGAUGUCCAAAUUCAACUGGAUUCAGAAUUUAAAUCUUCCAAUACCAGCUUUGAAGACUCUUCAAGUUCUAUCUCUGGUUUUACUUUUCCUGAUGAGGACAGUUUAAUUACAUAUGACGGACCUUUCUCUUUCUCGAACCUUGAAGUGAAAAUUCUGCCUAGUAUUGAUAGUUUCAUGUCUUCCCCUGAAAACAAUCUGAUUGAAGAUGAUUUGGAUAGUCCAACUUUUGAUAUGAUCAAGAAUCUUGUGGAAUCUGUACUCGAUGGUGAUGAUGCUGAUUACGAUGACGAUUAUUAUAAUUUUGAUAAUGAUAAUUCCUGUAUGGAUGAUAUUAGGGUGGAGCUGGUCCAGCAUGGAGCUAGAGUUGCUAAACUAAAGCUUUCUUACGAGCCGUUUCAUUCAAAUCAGUUGAUUCUAGGAAGGGAUCCAUUCUCUCUGUCUUCCCACUCUUGCACAUGCGGCAAAAUUUAUGAUCAUGGGCUUAGAAGGUUUGGUUUUGGAGCUGAUGAAUCAAUGUUCCAACAGGACAUAAUGCCAUCACUUGAGGUGCCUUCAUGGAAGGAGAAGACAAACCUAAUGCAGAAUUGUUUUGAGUAUCAGGGUCCGGGAUAUGACUGUUCUGUAAAGGGAGUUCCUGAUUCUCAUGGUGAUGGUGAUGGCAUAUUCAAUCAAGCAGUAGUUGAUAGUUUCAAAGACAGGAAACUCGGAGCAAGUCAGUUUGCCGGAGAAUUCUACUAGUUGCAGACUUUCCACCAUGAUUAGCAGUUGUUGAUAUUAGAUAUAGGAAUAUUAGCAUGAAGAAUAGAUAGUCCUUUGCUUUAACUUUUCAAAUUUUCCUGUGAAACAGCCAUGAAUGCUCUGAAGCUGCUUUAAUAGAUCUCUCUUAGCUAGUAUAUAAAAAAAACAAAAAUAGUUAGCUCCUACUUACUACUCUGUUUCUGUUUGUUUGGAUAAUGCGUUUUUUUGGCCAUUUUUUAGAUAAUGUUUUUGCUUGUUUUAGACUUUGAUUAGUUUCUGGUAGCCUCUGAGAAGAUUUGUAAUAAGAAUAAGGAACUACACUUUGUUCUGAAUGAUGUUCAGUCUUUAUUUUA